UUGGUUCCCAAGCCCCUUCCUAACGCCCGCGUAUCUGACUCAUCAUAUCCACCGCCUCGUCUUCGCUCUUCACGCUCCUCGCCCCAGCUAUCUGAUCUUGGUCAGGCUUCAGAAUUUUCAGACUUUCAAACAUUUUCAAAGGUAAUGCCAUCUUCAUCUUCGAUCUCGUCUGACACCAUGGGCUUAAAGUCCUCUUCUGUCCAGCCAUCCGUGAUCUGCUCACCAUCACCUCCUUUUGAAAGUCUCGUUUCAACUAGCCCUUAUUUCUCCUCGCUCAAGGUUUCUGAGCCCACUUGCAUUGUAGGUUCAGAGCAAGUGUUAAAACCUGAAAGCUCAUCUAAUUCACUAGUUGGUGACUCAUCUUCCCCUCACCCAGAUACGGCUGAUAAAGCCACCCCGCCAACGCGACACAGUCUAGCUCUACGGCAGGCUUUGUGCCUUUUAGCCUCUGCUUCCCGUGCUGGUAUAGAAUCUGCCUCACUUACGCCGCAAAAAAUGACCCCAAAGUCUCUUCCAUCGACACCAUCAUCACUCUCCUCGUCAGUAUCGACGGUAUUAACCUCUACAAAGGCCACAACUUCUGUUACCAUGACAUUAAUUACACCCACCACUUCUCCAAAGUCAGCGUUCUUGCUUGAUCGGAGCUCUCUACACAAACGUAUUCUGCUUCCUCGAGUCGAUUCACCUGCCAGUCCACAACACUCUUCUAGAUCAAACGUACAAUCUCCCACUAGUUCAACUCCUAUAGAACUGGGUUGCAUCGAUCGUUCGAGUUUAAUGGAGCCAAAAUCUACGUCAUUAUCCGUUUCUUCCCCUCCUUUAACUCUGGCCAACUCUCACUCUUGUUCCGUAAUCAGCCAUCUCCCUCUAACAGCUGGGUCCGUUGCUCAUGUGGAUUUACCGUCUAAUAGUGGCUUGUCACAACAACACCCUCAACUGGAACCACAGCCUGCGCAAUUAGAGCAACUUCAACAAUCGCUUUCAUCUCCUCCGCCUCUACUGAUAUUGCCAUUGAAGCUUCUGGCUCGUCACCAUUCCCUGUCCACUCAAUCAUUGGCUUUUCAAACCAGGGAGUUACUUGCACAUCUUGGCGUAGAUCAUCAACUGUUUGAUAAGGCUAUUUUAGAUAUGUGCCAUUUUGGCGAGUUUAUCGGGGCGCAAUCACAUAUGCGUGUUUACAUUGCUCCGUCCACCUCAGAAUUUGCUGAUCCGAUUCUGACCUGA